AUUAGAUAAAAAAAAUCAUACAAACGAACGCAGUAUGUUAAAUUUAUAACAACCAGUCUGUUUGAUGGAAACAUGUUGAGUGAAAUUACUAUUAUGUUUUUGUUCAAGACAAUAAUCGUUACAGGCGAUCAAGGAUUUGGUCCUUAUUUACAAGAUUGGGGUUUCGUUGAAGUGCGAGACAGAGCUCAUAUGUUUUGGUGGCUGUUUCAUACCACAGCUAAUGUAUCAAAAUCAACAGAUAGACCGUUAAUAAUUUGGUUACAAGGUGGACCUGGAGCGUCUUCGACAGCGUACGGAAAUUUCGGCGAAAUAGGACCUUUGGAUACCGAUUUAAAUUAUAGGAAUUCAACUUGGAUUCGGUUCGCGAAUUUGUUAUUUGUUGAUAAUCCCGUAGGAACAGGUUUUAGUUACGUGGAAAACGGAGAUUUGUAUACGAGGACGAAUACGGAAAUCGCGCAGGAUUUUUUAUUUUUUUUGAUAAAAUUCUUCGAGAAACUACCGCAAUAUCAACAAGUUCCCACGUAUAUUUUUUCUGAAUCUUAUGGUGGGAAAAUGGCCGUAGAAAUAGCUCUCGUUUUAGCUAAAGCAAAGGAAAAUCGUAAAAUUAAACUAAAUUUCAAAGGUGUUGUUUUGGGAGAUUCGUGGAUAUCCCCUGUAGAUUUUGUUAUGACUUGGCCUAAGUAUUUAUUAAAUUUGGGUUUUGUAGAUAAUGAUGGUUAUGAAGAUAUUAUGGAAGCUGCUUUGAAAGUAGAAAAAUCUAUUAGACAUGAAAAUUAUACUGAAGCAUUUAUAAAUUGGAGGCAAACUCAAAAUUUAAUUGAAUCAGUCACUGGAGGUGUCGAUUUUUAUAAUGUACUUAAUAUCGAACAUCAAAUAAAUAGAACCAAAUUGUUCGUUAUAAUGGAUAAAGUGAAAAUCGCCCUCAAUCUUUCCGUAAAAUGGAACGAAGGAUCUUCAGUUUUUUCAAAACUAUCAGAAGAUUUCAUGAAACCUGUAACUCAUAUCGUAGAAGAAAUUCUGAAUACUACACAUUUAAAAGUAGCCGUAUAUAACGGACAAUUAGAUUUGAUAGUCGAUACACCAGGUACAUUAAAAUGGAUUAGGAAUUUAAACUAUAAAGAUAAAAAUAAAUGGGAAAAAACAACUAGAUCAUCGUUUUUUAUAAAUAAACGUCUUGAAGGAUACGUCAAAAAAUAUGAAAAUUUCUCUUUCUAUUGGAUUAAUAGAGCUGGACAUAUGGUACCUUUAGAUAAUCCUGCAGCUAUGCGUUAUAUACUAGAAGACGUUACUGAUCAUUUCCAAACUUAAUUAUAGUAUGGACUAUAGAAUUAAUACAGUUUUGAAUACGUAUCCAAAAAAAGUAUCAUCAAUUUCGAAUAGUAAAAAAACGAAACGACUCGCUCAAAACAAAAAAUAAAAUGUUAUCCAAUUCAGAUUAUAGGAAGUUAUAUGCGCGAUGGUAACGGCAGAAAAUAUGUUUCUGAGCAUAUGUAAUAUUAAAAACACUCAAAGUAAUGGAUAUACAUUUAUGCAUAUUUAUAACCAAGACACUUCUGUUUGUGAAUUGUUGUUUUAUUUGUAAGGACUGAGAAUAAUGGUUGGGAGUUUGAAAAUCGUUUUGGAAAUCAACCCAGUGCCGUCGUGCUAUAUUUUACAUUCGAAAAUAUAUAGUUUGUUCAACAGAAUAUACAGGGUGUCUCAAGACGAGUUAAAACUAUCUGUAUAUGGCAAAAAUCUUGAACAUUUCUACGUUUGGGUCGAUAACUUUGUUAUUUUGAAUAGAACACCCUGUAUAUUAAUACAUUUUUGAAAUCUACGUGAAAUUUUAGUAUACUUUUGUUUAAAAACUUUCUUCGAAAAAUGCAUACUUUUUAAGUUAUUAAUUUUUUUGUAAAUAAUUUAAACUAUUGCAGACCCUUAUAAAUUAUUUUUUUACUUGGAUACCCUUAAAGAUAUGAAAAUGGUUUUUAUUCGGUUGUUUUAUGCAAAAUUAGACGUAUUUGAAUCUAUGUUGGAACAUUUUUCAUUUUAUACAGGGUGUGUAUAAAAAGUGUUUAAAGUUUAACUUCAUAAAUAUCAAAUUUCUUUAUUUUUUUAAUAAAACACCCUGUAUAUUAAUACAUUUUUGAAAUCUACGUGAAAUCUUAGUAUAAUUUUGUUCAAAAACUUUAUUCGAAAAAUGCACACUUUUUAAGUUAUUAAUUUUUUUGUAAAAAAUUUGACCUGGUUGUAGACCCUUAUAAAUUAUUUUUUUACGUGGAUACCCUUAAAGAUAUGAAAAUGUUUUCUGUUCGGUUGUCUUAGGAAAAAUCAGACGUAUUUGAAUCUAUGGUGGAACAUUUUUCAUUUUAUACAGGGUGUGUAUAAAAAGUGUUUAAAGUUUAACUUCAUAAAUAUCAAAUUUCUUUAUUUUUUCUUAAUAAAACACCCUGUAUAUUAACACAUUUUUGAAAUCUACGUGAAAUUUUAGUAAACUUUUGUUCAAAAACUUUUCUCAAAAAUUGCAUACUUUUUAAGUUAUUAAUUUUUUU